GGAGGAGGGGAAGGGAGGGGGAGGCGGCGAUGAGCGUGCUGCUCCCCAACAUGGCGGACUUCGACACCAUCUAUGAACUGGAGGAGGAAGAGGAGGAGGAGGGGGAAGAGGGAGGCGAGCAGCGCGGCCCGGGGCGGCCCCUGCCGGUCUCUCCGCCCGAGGGAGAGGGCCAGGCGGCGCGGAGGGCCGGCCCCGAGCUGCCCCGGCCCCGCGACGCCCCGGAGCCCGUCGCCGUGAGGGGAGCCGGGCACCUCACCGUGUUCGGCUUGAGCAACAGGUUCGAGACAGAAUUCCCAUCGAUUCUGACAGGGAAGGUGGCCCCAGAAGAAUUCAAAACCAGCAUCAGUCGGGUGAAUGCGUGUUUGAGGAAAAACCUGCCCAUCAACGUAAAGUGGCUUCUCUGUGGCUGUUUGUGCUGCUGUUGCACUUUAGGGUGCAGCCUCUGGCCGGCCGUCUGUCUCACCAAAAGAACGAGGAGAUCGAUUCAGAAGUUACUAGAGUGGGAAAACAACAGAUUAUAUCACAAGCUUGGCUUGCACUGGAAGUUGAGUAGAAGGAAAUGUGAAAGCAGCAAUAUGAUGGAAUAUGUAAUUCUCAUAGAAUUCUUACCAAAAUACCCGAUAUUUCGGCCCGACUGAGGAGCGCAGUAUUAUCUCACCUUCCGUGUUACCUGUCAUUUCCUACCUGUAGUGCCUUGUAGGGGAUGGGGAAGAGAAGAUGGUCUCCUUUUUUUGCUGUGAUUUCUUUUUAAACAGAAAGGAAAACAGAAGUGUUUUCGAGUUAUCUUUCUUGCUCGUUUUUUUUUCCCUUUCUUGUUUGGAGAAGAAAAUUUGCACAUUUUUUUAAAAAAACGACGAGGUUUGUUUUUGCUCACUCUUGGAAUUUAUGUGUGUGUGUUUUUUUUUAUGAUUACGAGCGUCAUAUCGAUGCGACUUGCUCUCUCAGCAUGCUGCCUUAUGAGUUUCCAAACCGGGUGGAUAUCUGUUUUUCCAAACGUCUCAUCUGCGGCGACGACAACUUCCCACUCCUUUGGGCUGUCAAAUGGUUUGAUAAUCCGCUUGCAUUCAAAUUGCCAUGAACCACACUUGCAAAGUUGCUCAUCUUAGGGUUGUUGUGAGUUUUUCAGGCUGCAUGACUGUGUUUCAGAAGCAUUCUCUCCUGACAUUUCGCCUGCAUCCAUGGCAGGGCUCCCCAGAGGUUGUGAGGUUUGGAUUGUAGGUUUUUUCGGGCUAUAUGGCCAUGUUCUAGACGGCAUUCUCUCCUG